AUGUCCCCAAGGUGCCACCACGCCCCUUUUGUUGUCCCCAACAGGUUCCUGGUGGCCGUGCCGGCGGUGGCCUCGCGGGGGGUGUCCCUGCACAGCGGGCGCCCCCCGCCCUGGGCGCAGCGGCAGCGGCAGCGCCUGGAGCAGCACCUGAGGGAGGAGCUGCGGGCACGGGGGGCACACCUGGCACAGGGGCUGCACACGCACUUCCCCGACCCCCGGCUGGUGCAGUACGACUGCGGUAAGCUGCAGGCGCUGGACGUGCUGCUGCGGCGGCUGCGGGCGGGCGGGCACCGCGUGCUGAUCUUCACGCAGAUGACACGCAUGCUCGACGUGCUGGAGCGCUUCCUCACCUUCCACGGGCACAUCUACCUGCGCCUGGACGGCUCCACCCGCGUCGAGCAGAGACAGGCGCUGAUGGAGCGCUUCAACGCCGACAAGCGAAUCUUCUGCUUCAUCCUGUCGACGCGCUCGGGCGGCGUCGGCGUCAACCUGGCCGGGGCCGACACCGUGGUGUUCUACGACUCGGACUGGAACCCCACCAUGGACGCGCAGGCCCAGGACAGGUGUCACCGCAUCGGCCAGACCCGCGACGUCCACAUCUACAGGCUGAUCAGCGAGCGCACGGUGGAGGAGAACAUCCUGGGGCUCACCU